CAUCAAGCAGUCGCGCGAGGUGCCGUCAUGUCGGCGGCGGGCGGCGACGUGGGGCUGUUCGCCCUGGAGGUGCUGGUGGAGGCCGUGCGGGUGGCGGCCCCGAGCCCGGCGCUGCGUCCGGCCGUGGCGCUGCGCCUCCUCAGCUUCCCCACCCUCCUUGUUCACCCCGCCGCCUCCGCCCCGCUGCUCCGGCCUGGACGGCCCUUCCCCUUCGGCCGCGGCAAGCGCUGCCUGUUCCGCUGGCUCCGCGGCUCCCUGUGCUCCGCGCUCCGCCGCCAUCCGCUCCGCGCCCUGCUGCUGGCGCUGCCCGCCACGCUCGGUCCGGAGCCCACCCGGCUGCUCGGCAGCUGCAGCAUCUCGCUGGCCCCCGCCGCCGCCGAGGUGCUGCAGCGGCCCGAGGAGCCCGUUCGCUGGGGCCGACGCGGCCGCUUCCCUCUCAAAGACGCAUCGGGCCGCACGGUCGGGGAGCUGGUGCUGGGCUUCAGCCUCAGCAGCCUGAAGGCCGGGGAGCAGUCGGGCCCUGACACGCCACCCCACACCUCUCCUGCGCCGGAGGACGAGGAAGAGGAGGAGGAGGAGGUGGAUGAAGAAGAAGAGCGAGGCGAGGAGGACGGCAACAUCAUUUGCCCUCCUGUGCUGUAUUACAGCCAUGAGCCAGCUGAGUCUCGUCUGCCACCAGCAGCAGCCAUGGGGCACUCGGAUCGUAUUGUGGUACAAAGCCCGCAAGAGCAAAGCAAGGUCCAGAGCCCCCCACACCCCAGUGCAGGGCCCUCCUUGCUACACCCCAGCAGCCCCCAGCAACUCCACAGCACCCUGGCACAGUUGCCACUGCUCAGCGCCUUGCUGGCAGAGCUGUCAGUGCUCACCCGCUCUGCUACACCUGCUGCUGUCCAUCCACAUCUGGCCUGGCUAUACCAGGCCCCAGGGUACUGUGACACACGUCCACAGCCAUCCAGCCAUUCCUCUGCCCACAAGCCUGCAGAGGUGCUGGUGAGACCAAGCGGGAGCAGUGAAGCUACCAACUCUCAAUUGAAGCAAGGCCAGGAGCAGACUACCUUAACCUUACCAGGGUCUUCUCAGGCUGGGAAAAGAUCUAAAAAUGCUGCACACCAUGGAGAGAGAGAAUCAGAAAGAAACUGCACAACUAAGGAAAACACACCUCCCAGAAGGAAACUAUUGUAUGGGCUGACAAAUACACUGAGGCUACGGCUGAAGCAAACCAAUCCUGAUAAGCUGAUACACCUUGAAAGGAGAGAACAGUACAGAAAAAAACAAGUGGAGAUGUUGAAGGUGCGAAGCCCAUUAUCCAAAAGAAAGCUGCUCAAAAAUGCUGGAGAGCAGUGUGUGGUUUCUCACAGGCUGUGUAGCAAGGGAGACCAUUCAAAGCAGAAUGGUGAGGUUGAUGAAACUGUUGAGACUUCAUUGCAAAACGCUCCUCUCAAAGAGUACUUUUCCAGUACAGAUGCUUGCCCUGACCUACAGAAGCAGGCUGCUGAAAGUCCAUUGAGGAAUGUGUUUGCAAGCAAAGAACAUCCAUGCAAAGCAACAGCAUCCUCCUUACUGGGGAAAACUAUAUUAAAGUCUGCUCACAAAGAAAAGGACUUGAAAGUUCAGCUCCCAGCAGCUUUCACAUCAGAUGCUAAUGUGAAGGGAAGCAAUGAUAAUGAGGAAACGAUACACUUAAUCCAUCAUAAAAUCAUGGAGCACGAUAAUUCCUCUGUUGCAAGUGAUCAGAAAGGAAGCCCCAGCUGGACUGCUGGAAAAAGCUCUGAAUUCAUAUACUCAGAUGACUUUUUUGCAAGUCCUGACAACAUAGUUUAUUCAGAAGAUUUCACCAGUGCUGAGAGUACAGAAAGAGACUUGGAAGAUCUGGACAGCAGUCCUGAACCUCUCUGGCUUGAAAGCCCAAACCGUCCUCAGUCAGGCACAGAAGAGGAAUCCAGCAGGUCCAGAGUUUCAAAAGCAAGUGAAAGAGCUGAAAGUAUAUCAGAUUUUGUGCCAGUGCAUUCAUCUUCAUCACCGGUCUCUUCUUUGAAGAGAAGCCAUGGCUUGAAAAACAGCAAAGGAACUGGUGGUGAAUCUGCUGAUUUACUUAAUAACCCCUCUCUCUGGGCAGGAUUAUUAGAUGAAGAGCAGGAAGCCCACCAGGUCGAUAAGGAAGAGAACAGAGUUGAGCAGCAUAUUAAACAAGCAUCUAUACUGAGAGAUGAACAAGUUAGCUCCGAUACUUAUCUGAAUAUAGGAAAAGGGCAGACCUCUACAGAAAAAACUCAGUCAGUAACUCAAGUGUCCUCCUACUUACCAAGUAACUUGUCCAAUCAUGAACUUAGUGAUGUGGAAAACAGUAGGUCAAGCAAAAAUGAUGAUGUUUUGGGAGACCUACAUGCUCCUAUUCAAUACAAAGACAUCAGUGAACUUGUAAUAUGCAAUCUUCCGGGAUACACAGUGUAAUCAUGAGAUGUCACUGUCUGGAUUAAAGUAUAGUAUUUAAACUAUUUGUAUAAAGUUUGUUACAUUUAGAUGCAAUUAAUACAAGUAAAGGCUAUAUCAUGCAUACUUAA